AUUACUACAGAUGUCUGAAUGACGAUACUGUUGUUUAGAACUGAAAGACUACCAGAUUUCACGUUCUGGAGCUAAGUUUCAUGGAUUCAAAUUCCAACACUGUGGUUGUGACUGGCUUUGGUCCGUUUCGACAACACCUCAUUAACUCUAGCUGGGAAGCAGUGAAGGAGAUGUCCAAGUUAGGCCUUGGUGAAAACAUAGAUCUACACAUCAUGCAACUGCCAGUGGCUUACCAAAAAGCAAAGGAUCUCAUCUGUAAGAUAUGGGGGACUCUUCAACCACUACUCACUGUUCACAUUGGACUCGCUUCAUCCUCCAAAGCAAUCAUCAUCCUUGAACAGUGUGGGAAGAACAAAGGCUACAAAGAGAUGGAUGUUUGUGGUUUUUGCCCAGAAGAUGGCUGUUGUCUGUUAGACGGCCCAGAAAAGAUUGAGUCUACAAUUAAUAUGAAAACUCUCUGGAAAAACAUUUCGGUGGAAGGAAUUGAUGUCGUCUAUUCCAGAGAUGCAGGAAGGUACAUCUGUGAUUAUGCCUAUUAUACCUCUCUGUAUUAUGGUAAUGGAAAAGCAGCUUUUAUACACGUGCCGCCAUUAUCCAAAUUGGUAACAGCAGACUUUCUAGGAAAAGCACUACAAAUAAUUAUCUUAGAGAUGUUAAAGCAGUGUGGGGAAAAAGAAUGA